UAUCUAGGGCUCGUGUACUUCUAUCACUUGACCCAGAAACCAAACCUAGCUGGUCCAACUGGCCAUGGCAGCUGCGGUAGCAGCAAGGAAGCUCCUCCUCCUUCGCCCCCAAUUUUCUCACCCAUCACUGAAAACCUUCUCUAAUCGUCAUUCUAUUCUUUCUGCUGCUACCAAUUUCUCAACUCCUACCCGUUCCACCGCCACUACUUCCUCCGCUUCUACCAGUAUUCGCAAUUGCAAUAGCAAACGGAAGAAAGUCAAGGAAAAUAUCAGAAUCAAGGAAGCUGCUGCUGCGGUGGUGAAGAGGCGAACGCGGUCGGACAAGGAGUUCGACGAGGAUGCUGUUCUGAGGUACGGAGACAGCGCCACCCAUAUCCCCGUCAUGCUCGGCGAGGUCCUCGACGUCUUCGCUUCGCUCCAGCUUCGUUCCUUCGUCGAUUGUACCCUUGGCGCCGCCGGACACUCCUCUGCAAUAAUUCAGGCGCAUCCAGAAAUGCGGCUGUAUGUUGGCCUUGAUGUUGAUCCUGUUGCAUUUGACCAGGGUCAAGCUUUGAUCAAUACAAUGUUGCUUAGUAAUUCCUGUGGUUCAACUUCAGAACUGAAAGCACAUACCUUUCUGAAGAAUUAUAGGGAUAUCAAGCAUGUGCUGGAUGAGGUUGAUAAGACAUUGUUGACCUCCAACGUUGAUGGGAUCUUAAUGGACCUGGGAAUGUCAUCCAUGCAGGUAAAUAAUGCGGAAAGGGGAUUCAGUGUUCUUAGUAAUGGGCCUCUUGAUAUGCGGAUGAAUCCUCAGGCAAGUCUUAAAGCAGAAGACAUACUAAAUUCUUGGCCAGAUAAUGAAGUGGGGCGAAUACUACGUGAUUAUGGGGAGGAAAGCAACUGGUAUUCUCUUCAGAAUAAGAUUCUUAAGGCCCGUCUAAAGGGUGGAUUGCACUCUACUGGUGAUCUAGUACAUCUUAUUCAGGGUUCAACUUCCAGGUCAAAAGGAGGAAGGCAAGGCUGGAUAAAGACAGCAACGCGAGUAUUUCAAGCUCUGCGGAUAGCUGUUAAUGAUGAGCUCAACACGCUAAAAGAAACUCUUUAUGCUUGUUUCGAUUGCCUUGCACCUGGGGGCAGGCUUGCUGUGAUCUCUUUUCACAGUUUGGAGGACAGAAUAGUGAAACAGACAUUUAUCGACAUUAUUAACAAUGGCAGAGGAGGUGGUGAUGAUGAAGACGACCAGAAAUACGAAGGGGAGUCUGGGGUCAUCAACGAAGACAACGAUGAUGAUAAAGAAGCAUGGAUUAGACGGAAAAUACAAGGAUCGAAUGGAACAAUCUUGACAAAGAGACCCAUAACACCAUCGGAAGAGGAAGAAAGAUUGAACCGCCGGUGUAGGAGUGCUAAACUGAGGGUGAUUCAGAAGCUUUGAAGAAUUUUGUGUCUAUAGUAAAUCAAAACGGAAAACAAACACCUAAGAGAGAUGUAGCCUAUAACCAACCAACCAAAUACAUGUAAUGUCCCUGAAUCUGUGUCCUGUUAUUGAUGAUGAUCAUCAUCAUUCUUAUUGUUAUUUCUUGGAUGACAUCAUUUUACUUG